CUAAAGGGUUACCCAUUGGCUUCCAUAGUAUUUGUUUAUCCUACUAUGGAAGUCAAAGGGUUCCGUCAACUGUGUGCUUACCAUCAUUUAUCAAAAUAUCUGCUUUUGUAUUUAACAGAAUAAAGAAACUCAUAGAGGUUAACAUCAACAUGAGGUUUAUUAGCGCUGCACACGUGCGCGUCAGGCGCAGUGAAACCAAACUACCCCUAGACGACACCAACAUUCCCUCAGCCAAUCAUUGCACCCCUUCAGCUACAGAAGCCAAUCAUCUCGUUACUUGAGAUGUAGCAGCCAAUCAUCAUUGAGAACUCUCAGAGUGACGCCCACAUGCGGAAAUAUCAUUAUGAGCGGGAUCUGCAGGGAGGUUGUGACACUUCAGCUGGGACAUUAUUCUAACUUCAUCGGCACACACUGGUGGAAUCUGCAGGAUGCAGGUCUGUGUUAUGACCCGGAUUCACCUCCGGGUGAGCUACAGAGUGAUGUGUUGUUCAGAGAGGGUCGCACUCUGGGCGGUCACGUCACAUACACCCCCCGACUCAUUGCCAUGGACCUGAAGGGAAGUCUUCAGACGUUGCGACAGGAGGGCAGUUUGUAUGAAACAGAGCAUGAAGAUGCAACAUUUACAUGGGAAGGACAGAUUAUGACCCAUAAAGAAAGCCCAACAAGCAAAAACUCUUUCCUACAAGAUCUCAACCGUCUGGAUAUGGGCAGUUUUCCAGCUCAGUCGGACUUCUCCGGUCCAGGUCACUGCUCAGUAACCAGUGGAAAAGCUGCUGUUGCCAUGGAGACCGUAAACAGCUGUCUGGACCGGAUACAGAAAUCCUAUAGGCUGGAGGGAAGUGUGAGGGUGUGGUCAGAUUUCCUGAGGAUUCACCUUCACCCGCGUACCAUUUCUGUCAUUAACCAGUUUAAUCAUGAUGGUGAAUCGGAGCGUUUAGAGGCGUUCGGUCAGGGAGAGAUGCUCUUACAGCGCUCAGUGUUAGAAGAUUUGGAGGACCGACUUCAUUUUUUUACUGAAGAAUGUGAUUAUCUGCAGGGAUUUCAGGUGUUGUGUGAUCUUGCUGAUGGGUUUUCAGGCUUGGGUUCAAAGGUGACAGAGAUGUUGCAGGACUCUUAUGGAGGUCGUAGCAUCCUCACUUGGGGCAUGAGUCCUGUCAGUCAUUCAGACAAGAGCUCCAUAAAGGAUGUGUUUCAUAUGAUGAACACUGCAUUAGGUACUGUCAGUAUGGCCAAUCACAGCUCAUUCUUUUGCCCAUUGACCCUGCGCGGGGGUCUGGGGAGACGCCCACCUCCACCCACGACCUUUCCACUACUUAACUAUGAUCCGACGCUGUGGUAUCACUCCAGCGCUGUUUUAGCUCUUGCAUUGGAUGCUAUGACCGUGUCAUAUCGACUGAGACAGAACAGCGCUCCCAUGUGGCAUCUUUCAGACGCUCUCACCGCCUCAGGGAGGAAGGUUGUCUCAGCUUAUGGGUCUGUUCCGUUUCCCAUGAUGCACGGCAGCUGUCUACCGGAUGCCCUUGAUGCUUUUGCUAAUGGGUUGCCGUGGAAACCCCUGUCGGCUUGCCCAGAGCUCGGUGAUGGAUGCUGUUUUGGUCAAUCGGUGACGCUCAAAGGCCUUGAGGGACAGAGUUUAGUCAGUCCUCUGCUGCCCGGCAUAGAGCCGUCCAGUCCUCUGCACUAUGAGCGCUGUGGUGAAGAUGUGCUGGCAACGUACAUUCAGCAACAUUACCCAUCAACCCCACUGGCGGUCCAGCUGGUGUCCAGCCCCAGUAAGCUUACAGCUCCUUUCCCUCAGAUGUUCAGUCCAGAUCUGAGUUCACAGGGUUUCCUCCAAAACCAUUCUGCACCUGCUGGCUCCGCUGCUCAUUCAGUUUCUAGUGUUCCUGUAUUAACGUCUCUACAGUCCAGUCCGGCCGUUGGUCUUCAGCUGUCUGAGUUACAGAAAUCAUGUGCUGCGCUGGAUAUACGCCGCGUGGCUCCCAGUUUCCUCUCUCACGGUCUUGAGUUCAGUGAGCUGACUGAAGCUAUGGAGCAGCUCGGCAAUCUCGCACACUGUUAUCGCCCAGACCGGCUUCAAUCUUCAUCAGAUGACGAUGAUGACUAAGAGAUUAUGAAGCAACUGUCAUAAGAGGGAAGCACGUCUCAAUAGAUAGUUUCUGAUGAAGGAGCUUAACAGGAGAGUUCACCCAAAAAUGACAAUUCUGUUUUCUCAUCCUCAUGUUGAUCUAAACGUGUAUGAGUUUCAUUAUUCUGUUGAGCACAAAACAAGAUAUUGGAGGUGGAGGAGAACGUGUGACCUUGAUUGUGUUUUUAAAGAUCUGCAGGUCAUUGGUGGAAAUGAGUUCUCACGUCACUCGUGAAUAAAGAAACAAAAGUCACACUCAAUGAGAAAUAUGUAGAUAAAGAAAGUAAAUGUUUUCAUAUGUGUCUGUAAGUUAACGGUUAAUGUUUAUUAUUAAAAUGUUGCAGAGCUUCAUGUUUCAUAAAACUAUUUUAUUUUCUUUGACUGUUUCUGCUGUGUGUGCUUGAAGAAAUACACAUUUAUAACACAA